UCUCUCCUCGGUCUUCUUUCCCUCCGCUGCUAGGCUGUUCCCAUCCAUCAGCAUCUGCUAGUUCUCUGUUUUUUGCUUCACCAAAAGAUGUCUGAAUUUUCUUUGGCUUCAACAACUGCCAAGAAUAAAACUCACUUGUCAAGUCUUUUGCUCUCUGACUUUAUGCUCUUUUGUUCUUUCGUUCUCUCUCAUCCUCUCUAUUUCUCUUACUUCAUCUUCUUCUCUCCUUACCUAUUCAAGAUUUUCUCUUUUCUUUCACCCCUCUUUGCCACCACUACUCUUUUGCUUCUUGCCUUUUUCACUCUUACUCCCAGCUUUGUCAGCACAGCUGGCUCGUGCCACCUCGAAUUACCAGAAUCCAAGCUUGAAGCGUAUAAGAUCGUGUUUGAAACGUCAACUACUCUUGAAAUUACAGAAACCCCCGUUGAAGUUUUGGAGAUGCAGGAGGCCAAAGAAGAUUGCUUGCAAGCGGUUGAACUUGAAGCUUCCACUGACAAGGGUGUAGAUGUACCUGAAACAUUUAUGAGUGGUACUUUAGAUGAAAAAUCAGCGGAGAUUACGCGUCCGGGAACUAAUCAGGUAAAGGCAGUAGUGAAGAUCUUUGAAGACUUCUUGCAAGAAAAGGAGGGGGUCGGAGCUUUGUCGUCUAAAAAGAGAGAAAAAGAAGUCAAGUCACUAAGCGUUGAGUCCAAUAAAGGUGAGGAACAAAAAGAAGAAGAAUUCAUGAGAAGUGGAUCCAAGGCAAUGAGAAAUAAAAUAAGUGAUCCUAAAAUGAGUGUUGAUAAUGGCGGGGAGCAGCAUGCUGCCAAAGCAAUGGUGAAUUCCCAAAGAGUGAUCAGAGCUAAUUGGAGUACGGAAAACGAUGGAGAUAAAGGUGAGGAACAAAAAGAAGAAGAAUUCAUGGGAAGUGGAAUCCAAGGCAAUGGGGAAUAA